AUGAAAGCAUAUAAAGAAACUGUAGAGAACGUUGCACGAGGAUUCGAUCAGAUCGAAUUCUAUCAGGUACCUCGUGUUGAGAAUGCCAAAGCAGAUCAAUUGGCCAUAUCAGCGUCAUCUUCAAAUGAUGAUCUGAUUUGGAUUGUGCCGAUUGACAUUCUGGACGAGCCCAGCAUUAAUCCUCCGCAGGAAGUAAUGGUGGUUCCAGUUAUUCCUAGAGAACCAUGCUGGAUUGAUCCAUUAGAAGCUUACCUCAAGCAUGGGGUUCUUCCAAACCAAAAGUCCGAAACACGGAAGCUCCGUAUCACCGCAGCUAAAUACGCCAUCAUUAACGAUCAGUUAUACCGAAAGUCAUUUUCAGGUCCUUACCUGAAAUGUUUAAGCCCUACUGAGGCUCUUGUGGUGUUGAGACAAAUCCAUGACGGAGAUUGUGGUAACCAUUCUGGGGGUAGAUCCCUCGCACAUAAAGUCCUAACUCAAGGUUGCUUCUGGCCGUACUUGUCCCGGAAUGUAGAAGAGUAUACACGGAGGUGUGAUAAAUGUCAACGUCAUGGUCCCAUGAAGCAUCAACCUGCCGAAGAUUUGCACGCAAUGGCAAAUCCAUGGCCAUUCGCACAAUAG